GGAGAGAGGGUUUAUUUUCAAACACAUCGGAAGGAAUGAAGUUCGUGGCGCGGAUUUUGCUCGGAAUAUCUCUACAGUUCUUCUAUAUCUAAUUCAGUUCAUGAUUGCAUAUUCACCCUUUAGUGAAUUUAUCUUUGAAUAUCUUUUGAGAUUUUCAGAGAAAUGAACUGGCAGAAGAGGGUAGUGUGCCCUGAGAACGAGGGGCUGGUGACAUUCAUAAUGCAGAAGCGUCAAGAGAUGACAGAGACGCCGAGAGGUCUUUCUGAAAACAUCGAAAGAAGUCUCAACAAAGCUUAUUCCAAUGUCUGUCUCUCCAAGGUGCCGAUCACCACUCUCAAGGAUUUGUCGCAGGUUAAGGGCGUAGGUAAAUGGAUAUUGGGCAUCAUGAAAGGAUUUUUUGCUAGUGAUUGUGAGAUGUCUGACCUUGAUGGUAAAGGAAAAGGAAAGAAAACUAAAGGAACAAGGCGUUACAUUCCCCAGAAGCAAUCUGUGGCCUAUGCAUUAUUGCUUACUCUUUACAGGGAGACAACAAAAGGCCGUGACUUUAUGCAUAAACAAGAGCUUAUCGAUGCUGCUGAAGCUAGUGGAUUUUCUCGGGCGCCUAUACGGCCAGAACUGGGAAAAGGAAAGCCUGGACAAAUGGGAAGAUCACCAAGGGAGUGGUAUAGUGGAUGGAGUUGCAUGAAAACUUUGAUAGAUAAAGGACUGGUUGUGAAGUCAAGUAACCCUGCAAAGUUCAUGCUAUCGCCAGAGGGACAAGAAGUGGCUAGUGAAUGUCUCUCUAGAUCUGGUCUUGCUGAAUCAAGUGUAAAUUUAUCAACCACAGAGAUCCUAAAUGUUGAUUUGAGUAACGUGUCAGAGCCAGAGCUUGUUUGUGCCGAUUCACCUGUAAAAGUGGUGAAGACUAAUUCUGGUCCUAGAAGACAUAAUAAAACUAAUGUUCCUGACGAGUUUCUUGAGAAGUUUGGACCCAUGGGGUUCUCUAAGGAACAAAUUAGUCGUGCCUUUUCUGAAGUAAUGGAGACUUCUGGGAAAGCGGAAUUAUCGUCUCUCUGGCCAGCUGUUCUCUGUUGCCUUAAACAAGAGCAAGUUUAUGGUGUCCCACCGAUGGACAAGAUAAUGGUGGAUGCUGGUCAAGUGGGAGGUGCCGCCAAGAAGAAUACUCACCCUGAAUCUAGUUUUUGUGUUCCUUCACAAAACAUAAUGUCUGCUUGUUCUACUGAUGCUCCUUUCACCUUGAGAGCUUGUUCAACAAGUAGUCCUUCAUUGCAUGAUCCAAACACGGUUGCCUUGGUGGAUAAUAUGAAUUAUUUAUCAAUACCACCUUUGAGAGUUGGAGAGAACUUUGAUGAUGCUUAUGAAGUAAUAUUGAUAUUGGAUGAUAGAGAGAAGUUUGCAGGUCCAGGGUCUAAGCAUAGUAGUAGUAUAGCGAGAAUUAAAACUGAAUUUGGCAUCGAAAUAAAGGUGGCACGUUUGCCAGUUGGUGACGCAAUCUGGGUAGCUCGUCAUAAACGUCGUAAAGAUGAAUACAUUCUUGAUUUUAUUGUUGAGAGGAAGAAUGUGGAGGAUUUGCGCAGCUCCAUAAGAGAUAACCGUUACCGUGACCAGAAGCUGCGACUUUUGAGAUGCGGGCUCAAGAAGGUGAUAUAUGUUGUGGAAGGAGAUCCAAAUGCUUCUGAAGCUUCUGACAGUAUCAAGACAGCUUGCUUUACAACGGAGAUUUCGGAAGGCUUUGAUGUGCAGAGAACAAGCGGUUUGGGUGAGACUCUAAGGAAAUAUGGGCAUCUAACUCGUGCCAUAGCUGAAUACUACAAAAGAAAACUACCGGAUGAGCACAAGACCUCUUCUGGUGUCUGUCCUCUUUAUUCUGAAUUUAUAAAGAGGUGUCACAACUUGGAUAAGAUGACAGUCAGCGACUUAUUCGGUGUCCAACUAAUGCAGAUACCACAAGUGACAGAGGAGGUUGCAAUUGCUGUUCUGGAUUUAUACCCAACCGUAGUAUCUAUAGCUCGGGCGUAUGAGCUCAUUGACGGAGAUCUUGCAGGUCAAGAAGAUAUGCUGAGGCGGCAGAGUAAUGGGGCGAUUGGCAGCACUGCCAGUCGCAAUAUUUUUCGGCUGAUUUGGGGCAGUUGACAGAAAGACAUAGAAUUUGUUUGUCAAGAAGACUUGACAAAUGGAAACAAGUACUACAUAUAUGAAUCCUCCUACACCAUCUUAGUGAAAAGUUCUUAUUCUACUUGGAUCAUUUGAAUGUUAUUCAAUGUGUUUAUGAAUGUCAUUAUUGGAGUUUGAUUUUUGAUCUUAUA